UUGUCUUCAACAAAAGGGAGUUUCAGUGACGCAGUGCAUGGUGGGAGGAGUGUGACUGCAGGUUUCACCUGCGACUGCCACUGCUGCUGUGAGUCGCACCUGUCGCUGAUGUUUCCGGUUUUUCUUCUUUGGGCGUGUAGUUCAACGGUUUCGGACUGUCUGAAACCACCGAGGAUAUCGAACGGAUCCGGCCCCGCAGACGAUCGCCCCUCUCCCUUUCAGUUUCUUAUCGUCUGUCAUUUUCACUGUGCCUCCCCCGCGUCUCUGCUGACUGACCACCGCAUCUCUACGAUUUCAGGAGAACCUUAAAACUGCUGGGAUCUUCUUGUGCAUAAUGGAUGCGCUGGACUCAGGACAGAAGUUCAAUUUGAGACACGAGGCUGAUUUGGAGACCACAGAGAACUUCCUGCCUGCUCCUGACCCGGCUCAUUUGGAGAAGAAACCAGGCUUCAAGAAGAAGCUGUUCAUUGGGUUGGGUCUGGUUCUGUCAGCAGCUGCUCUGUCUCUGAUCACUGGGUUGCUGGUUUGGCAUUUUCACUUACGCAGAGAUGUCAGGGUGCGCAGAAUCUACAUUGGUUCUAUGGAAAUCAAUGACCAGCGAUUUUUGCCAGCCUACGAAGAUCCCAGCAGUUCAGAGUUCACUGAGCUGGCUGCACUUGUCAGUCGACAGCUGAAGCUCCUUUAUUCCAGAAACUCUGUGUCCAGUAAAUACUUUACUGGUUCCACAGUCCAGGCUUUCAGUGAAGGCGAAAGCAGCGACGGCAUUGUGGCGUAUUAUCAGUCGGAAUUUGACGUUCCCGUCCCCCAGCAGAGGUCACUCGAUGAAGCCAUUGAGUCUCUGCAGCCACCUCCAGAAAGUGGUCGACAUGGGCGACUACUGCUGAAACCUGUAGACGCUCUGAGCGUCAACACCGUCAUCUCUAAAGCAAUUGAUCCGCGCAUGAUGAGAAACUCUUUAUAUGUGAAAAAGUCAUUUGACGUUCACGUCAGAGAGGCGGGGAUUCUUCGUUCUCCGGGUUUUCCGGACACUUCCUAUCCUCCUAAUGUUUACCUCCAGUGGAGGCUUCGAGCAGACCCUGAACACAGGGUCCACCUGGACUUUCACACCCUCAUCCUCGAGGACGACUGUCAGCAGGACUUCAUCAAACUCUACGACUCUCUGGCUCCUAUAGAACAGAGAGCUCUGACUGAACAGUGUGGUUACCCUCAUCAUUCCCUCUCUUUCAUUUCAUCGGGAAAUGUGAUGUUGUUGACCCUGGUCACUAACGAGGACAAAAACUUUCCUGGAUUCAGAGCAAACUACUCACAGAUUCCCAUUGGACAACAACAAUGUGGAGGAACACUGUUGGAAGAAAAAGGCUUUAUCUCGUCUCCGUUCUUCCCUUCCAACUUUCCACCUCGAACCUCAUGUGUGUGGAACAUUGAGGUCCCUAAGGAAAAGUUCAUAAAGGUUCAGUUCCACAAGUUUCUGUUAGGAAAUGAGAGUGAAAACUGCCGUAGAGAUUAUCUUCAAAUAAAUGAUCAAAGACUUUGUGGCAGAGAGUUAAAAAACUCUGUUUUUACCAGUACAAAAAACCAGAUGACCAUUAAAUUUCACUCCGACUCCUCUUAUGUGGAUCAGGGUUUUACUGCGGAGUACGAAGCCUUCAUUCCCUCCAACCCUUGCCCGGGAAAGUUCAGAUGUUCCAACAACCUGUGCAUAAACAUGACUCUACACUGCGAUGGUUGGGACGACUGUGGAGAUAGCAGUGAUGAGCAGGACUGUGACUGCGACCAGUUUCAGAUGAAGUGUAAAAAUGGUCUCUGUAAACCGUAUUUCUGGAGGUGUGACGGUUCUGACGACUGCGGGGACAGAACUGAUGAGGAAAACUGCGGAACAUGUAAAGCAGGGGAAUUCUCCUGCAGGAAUGGGAAAUGUAUCCCAGAGAAACUCAAGUGUAACUAUAAAGAUGACUGUGGAGAUGGAUCUGAUGAGUCCAAGUGUGAAAAAUCUCUGGUUCUGCAGCACUGCUCCGCAUUCACCUUCCGCUGCUCAAAUGGACAAUGCAUCAGUAAAGUGAACCCGGAGUGUGACGACGAGAAAGACUGUGAGGACGGAUCAGAUGAGGAAAACUGCCGGUGUGGCACAAGGCCAUAUCGAAGUUCCAGAAUAGUGGGGGGUCAGGUGUCCCGUGAAGGGGAGUGGCCUUGGCAGGUUAGCCUUCAAAUCAAAGGCACCGGUCACGUGUGCGGGGGGUCGGUGUUGAGUCAACAGUGGCUGCUGACAGCUGCUCAUUGUGUUCAGGACAAUGGGCCAAACAAGUACUCACAGGCUGACCAGUGGGAAGCCCUGCUUGGUCUCCAUGUUCAGAGUCAGACCAACGAGUGGACGGUGAGGAGGAGCAUAAAACGCAUCAUCGCUCACCAGGAUUACAACCCGCUGACAUAUGACAACGACAUAGCUCUGAUGGAGCUUUCCCAGGAGGUGGUGCUCAACCAGAACAUCUGGCCCAUCUGCCUCCCAUCCUCCACCCAUGAUUUCCCAGCAGGCCAAGAGGCUUGGAUCACAGGCUGGGGAGCCACCAGAGAGGGAGGAAACACUGCCACCGUCCUACAGAAGGCUGAAGUUCGAAUCAUCAACAGCACAGUGUGUAAGCGCCUGAUGAAUGAUGAGAUUUCUGAAGAGAUGCUGUGUGCAGGAGUCCUAAAAGGAGGCGUGGAUGCAUGUCAGGGUGACUCUGGUGGGCCCCUGUCGGUGACCACUCCUAGUGGGCGCGUCUUUCAGGCAGGCUUGGUCAGCUGGGGUGACGGCUGCGCACGGAGGAACAAACCUGGAGUCUACACAAGGAUCACAAAAUACCGUAGCUGGAUUAAAGACAAAAGUGGAGUUUAACUGAAACUGCUGCUUUCUAAACCCACAACAUGUAAACUCAACUAUUACUGUCUACUCAGUUUACAAACACACAAGUGAAAACUAAGGAAAACGACUCAGGAAAUGCUGUUAGCUUUUAAUUACAUUUAGGCACUGAUUUAAUGUUUAACACAUUUUAUACUUUUUAUGUUAUUAUGUAAAAGGCCAAACCAAGAAAGUGUUCUAUCGCACUUUUUUUGUUCUUAAUUCUGGUUUUCAGAUGUAGUUUUUUUAGUUUGAGGGGGGGAAAAAAAGCUUUGAAUUCAUUAGAGGUUUUCCUCUAAAUAUUUGUACAUUUUAUUGCAAAAACGUUGUUUGUUUGUUUCUCAUUAUUUAUAUUGUAGUCUGUCUUUGUUUUCGACAACGGGAGAAUAACUGUUUUUCUGGUGAAGGUGUAAUUUUUUACUUAAAUCUGUUUUAAGCUUAAAACAGAAGGUAUGUGUUGAAUGCCUUGCACUUUUUUAACCUGUGAAAUUUUUAAAGAAAGAAAAAAUGGUAAAACCAAAUGUGUAUAUUGUAGAUA